AUGACUUCUCUUCACCCAUAUCAGUCUUUACCCAUUGACGAACGAGUCAAAAGAGUACUAGCAAAAACGCCUCUUAUAGACGGCCACAAUGACUUACCUCAACAACCACGAGCAUGCUUCCAUGGCAAAAUCCAUAACAAUGAUAAAUUUGAUCUGAAAAAAGGCUUUGAGAGAGGAAUGACGGAUAUUCCUCGUCUCAAACAAGGCGCCGUUGGGGGCCAGUUUUGGUCUGUAUGCGUACCAUGUCUUCGUUCCGCAGAAGACUUUACAACGCCCGAGUACUCCGACAUGGCCCGUGAUGCCAUUGAACAGAUUGAUUUGACGUUACGACUGGUAGAGUCAUACCCCGAGACCUUUCAGUUAGUUAGUGGUCCUUCUGAAGUCAAGGAUGUAUAUGCCAGUGGAAGAAUUGCUUGUUCUAUUGGAAUUGAGGGACUCCAUAUGGCUGGGAAUAGCAUUGGUAUCAUCAGAGCCUUUUACAGAUUAGGUGUGAGAUAUUGUACUCUCACACAUGUCUGCAACAAUGCCUUUGCAGACAGUUCAACAUCCAAAGUUGGCCCUGUCCACGGAGGUCUAUCCGAUCUUGGAAAAGCAGCAGUAGUUGAAAUGAACAGACUCGGUAUGAUCGUUGAUAUCUCCCACGUAUCUGAAGACUGCGCCGAACAAGUCCUCGCUCUCUCCCGCGCCCCAAUAAUGUUUUCCCACUCUAAUGUCAAAGGUGUCUUCGACUGUCCUCGCAAUGUCCCAGAUCACAUCCUUGACAAAGUCCCCUCCAAUGGCGGUAUCGUCAUGGUGACUUUUGUCCCAGAGCACUGCACGGCACGACGUUCAGAUGCCAAUAUGGAAAUGGUCAUCGACCACUUAUUCUACAUAGCAAACCGUAUAGGUUGGGACCAUGUCGGUCUUGGAUCAGACUUCGAUGGGAUUGCUAGUGUUAUUCCUGGCCUUGAAGAUGUCAAGUGUUAUCCACAUCUUCUCAAGGCGAUUCUUGAUAGGGGUGCUACUGAGGAACAGUUGGCCAAGGUUGUGGGGGAGAAUAUUCUUAGGGUCUGGGAGGGGGUUGAGAAGGUGAGGGAUGAGAUGAAGAAGGGGGGUGUUCUCCCAGUGGAGGAUGUCUUCAAGGAUCGAAAGUGGUGGCGCUAUGAUGGGUUUUAUCAGAUGGAGGAUCCGGAUCCUGAGGACAAGUUGGGACUUGAUUGGUAUGGGAAGCCUCCACCAGAUGAGGGUUUGUAUCUUGAGGAAUAG